CAUGGCCAUAAAAUUGAAACAUCAAUCGAUAUCUAAGAAUCAAGAAUUGACAACAGUGCUAGGGUAUACCCAGUGCUAGUUACACUUAAAUAUAUUGUCGCAUAAUUAAAAGAUUAGUGAACUAAUUCUAUAGGCUACAUUUCAAAGUGCCAGCUAAAAUAUUAGAUUUACGACGUUCGAUUGAUUAACAGAAACAAGAUUAAGAAUGUUCAGUAACUCCCCCACCAUUCUAACCAAGUUUUAUGGUCCAGAGUCAGCAUCAUCCUUGACAGUAGCAGACAAAGCUGGCGUACAACAACAAAGGCCGACUUCAGAGAAAGACAAGCAGCGUGAGGAUGUUCCAUCGGUCCAGGAAGACUCAGCUCCGGUUACCUCUAGCAAUGGUAAGCAAAAUUACCUUGCCAUUCGUUAAAUGAAACACACGGCCAUUCGGUGGACCUUAAUUACAGUCAGUAAUGAGAGCCGCUUUGGAAAUAUUUUAAGCAUAUUACUUUUAUUUCCGAUUUUGCACACUGACGACACUGCACUCAUAAGCAGGGCCUUGCAAAGAGAGGGCACUCGUCCGGCUGCCAACACCGGAGGGGGGGGGGGCGCGCGCGACCAAAAUCGUCAUUUCAUAGGAUCUUAAAAGUGAAUUUAAAAAAUCAUAAGUAGGCCUGCUUAACAAAUUGUAUUUUUACUGGUCCGUGCCUUGUGGCACUUUUUUCUAUAAUAUUUUAUACCCCAGUACAGUUGCGACGCCAUCAAAUUUAACAUGGCGGGUCCCUUGCAGGUCAUAAAAUAAAAAAAUUUGACGGGUCCCAAAUAAAUGUAUUAAAAAUAAAAUUUAUUUAUUAAGUAAUAUUUAUUAAUCUACUAACUUAACCCAUUAUUGACUUUUGUUGUCGAUAAAAAUUUAAACAUUUUAAAGGCAUUUAAAAUGGAAGUUCUCUUACAUGUAAUGUUUACGCUUAAUGAGCAUAUAUACAAUAAUAGUAACUAAUUUACUAAUAAAAGUUUGCCAGGUCCCAAGUUUUUUUACCAGGUCCUGGGACCCGGCGGGACCUGGUGUAGCGUCGCAACUGCCCCAGUACGAUAUUAAUAAUAAUUAUAAUUAAACAGUAAUGGUAAUAAGAAUUAUAAUUAAACCGCGGCAUAUUCAGGCUUAGCCACAGACGCUGCUUUUCCCGCUGAUCUGUUAGGUUGUGCACGAGAGUAGAAAGGAUUACCCACCCACUUUGCUUGCCAUGGACCCUUUAAACAAUUUCAUGGGGUUUCCAUUUUUCACAUACCCAGGUGGUUCUCAAAUCUAAAAAUAUAGGCCUAAGGUUUGAGCAACAAAAAGAAACAACUCCAUUUUUGGUUUUUGAAUCUGUCUCAAAGACACAAUAAAGUAAUUUUGCCAGAAGAGAUUCUGACAAAACUACAAUGGAUGUUUUAUGGAGAAUCAAGUGUGAGCCCCUCUCAGCAGAUCCCCUCUUUCCUCUCCACGCUGCUGCCGAUUACUAAAAUUAAGAUUUCAACAUCUGGGGAGACAGUGGUUAAUGGGAAAUGGGCCGCCCCUUCUGGAUGUGCGAGGGUCACAAUGUUUAUUGCCUUCUUAUUUCAGCAGAAGACAUAACUUUAAAUAAAAAAAUGUAACUAUUAAACCUAUCUGCAGGCAUGAACAGCUGGAAAGAAAGAUGGAUGCAUCAAAGGAAAGCAAGGGAGGAAGCUUGGAAUAAAUACUUUGAACACGAGCAUACAGGGCCUGUCACCGCAGCACAGGAUGGUGGCGAUUCCGUUAGCGGCGUAGGGCCAGAGAGAUUUCACCCCAGAAGUCGAUGUCAUCCUUGGAUGGCACAGAGAUGUCAGUUGUGGAGCAGCUGUUACAGUCACGAAAACAGACCAAUUUUUAGGGAGUUUGACUUUGCUUAAUGUGAUUUUAACCUGGAUGUCAGACUGUAAGGAAUUUGACUUUGCUUAAUGUGAUUUUUACCUGGAUGUCGGACUGAAAGGAAUUUGACUUUGCUUAAUGUGAUUCUACCUGGAUGUCAGACUAAAAUUGAAAGGAGUUUGACAUUGCUUACAUUUUUAAAGGGGUUUGAUUCAGCAUGUUAAAGGAAGAGAAGCCUACAUUAUCUUGAGGAUUGAACUACGUUACUUUAUUGGAUAUUAUAAAAUUCUAUAAUAUAUUAUUGAUUAUUGGAGGCAUUGCCCUCUCUUGAUAAAAUUAAACAAGAAAUGGUUUCAAAUCAAAUACAUGCAUUUGAAAUUAGUUACAUUUAUUAUUUAUAAAUAUAAUAUAAAGAAAUUCAAUUUAGUUCCUUCAAUUUUGUGAUUAAUUAAAAUCAUGGAACUCUGGAAAAAAAAAAAUUGGAGCCUGCAAAUCACCGGGCAUCAUUUUAUUUUAAGACUAAGAUUGAUCCUCAUAAGUGAAAUUCGUUUAUUAAAGUCUUAUUUUCUAUAAUUUUUUAUUUUAUGUGUGACAUGAAAGAAAAAAUGUCAUUAUUUAAAAGAUAUAUUGAUUCAUCUUCACUUUUGUCAUUUGGUUCGGUACCAAACAUACAGACAAUAAUUUUUUUUGUUAAUUCACAUAAAUAAUCCUUUUUUGUUUCAACUAUGUAAAGAAUGUAGCUGUAUACCGGUAAUUAUAUCAAAUGAUUGAAAUGUACUUCGUUAUUGAAGAAAUCGUGUAAAUAGUUGUUUAUAUUUUGUUAUAUUUCUUUCUUUCUUCCUCUUUGUUUCUAAUUCUAAAUGUUCCAAAUGUUACUAUUAAUGUCCAUAAAUAGUAAAAUCACAACAGACCUGUAAUAUUCUGGAAUUAUAAAAUAAGCCAUGAGAUAGUUUCGAAUGAAAAACCUGUGGUAUUGAAGGGUUUUACUUUGGGAUACCGGUAAAUAAAAUGUAAACAGUAAUGUCACAUCCCUAGUUUUGAUGAUCUUUUAGUUUACCAGGAUGAUACCAGGCUAUUAAGAAUAAAUGAACAUCUUUGAAAAUAAAAACCAUU